AUGCCACCCAGCAUGCAAGGUCCCGACCACGGAAGAAAUCACGAAAAACUCAAGAACCGGCGGGCAGACAACGAAGGCGAAACUNUCGUGGAACAAAUAGAAGUAACUGCUGAAAAUGCGGAUCCUAAGCAUAAUGAAACCGAAUGUGGUCCAGCCAAUGUGGAUGUGACUGAACCACAAAUGUCUUGGCGAGUUCCACCGACCGGAAAGAAAUUUACUAGUGGGACAGAAUGUGCAUUCACAUUUACUGUCAAACCGGAAUUCAUUAUAGAUUUUGAAGUAACAGGAAUGAGCUUCGGAGGGGGCGGUAACUGCGACAACGACUAUGUCAUUUUCGGCUCCACUAUGGAAGAGGCACAGAAUAUGACGAAUAAGGUUUGCGGCGCUCGGAUAGACAACAUAUUUCCGCCAAAAGGACCCAAAUUAUACGUCACAACAAAAAUCACAAACGUGCUUGACAAAUCUUUUCUAGAGGGAACCAUUCAUAAA